UUGAUGGGUUUUUCAUAUGGUAGGCUCAUCAGCAAUGAGAUUGGAAACACAAACAGUAGCAGCAGGUUCUGUAAUUUCUGUUCAGAACAUGGUGGUGGUUACUGUGAUGUUGCUGCAGAGGUCCCAUUUGAGGAGAGGAAGAGAUUGGUGUCCUUUAGAAAUUCAUUGAAGGAAGUUGAGAACAUGGUCUUGUUCUUGGAGAGAUUAGAUUCUAGGAAGAUGAUGGAUAUGAAUGCAGCAUUCAACAGUUUGGAAGAAAGCAGACUCAAUCUAUUAGCAAAUGUGACGGAAUAUAAAGGAAGGGCACUUGAUGUGCUAACAGAACUGAAUGCAUGUUUCGGACAUGAAAAUGGUGAGCCUUUCGAUUGGGAUUUGAGAGAGAGAAUGAAGAAACAUGUUGAAUCUUCUGGUGCUCAUCACAGCAGAAGGUCCCUCAUUACUAAUUUCAUGAGAAAGUUAUUGCUAAUCCCAUGGAAGUGGCAACAGAAAGUUGGCAUUGCAGUGAAACUAGCUCUGUCUGCAAUGGCAACAUAUCAUAUCAAGAAAUUGAUAUGCUCAAGCUCAAGAAAAAUGAUUCCAUUUGUUGUUUCAAGAGGAGCAGGCAAAAGUAUCACUAGUGUAUUGACCAUCUCAAAGAGUCCUCUAGAUGUACUCUGUGCUAGAGGCUGA